AUGGAUGUACAAAAAUGUUUAAAACAAAAAUUAAAUAAUAGAGCUAAUAAUUUCAGAAAAAGAGCAAAAAAAAAAGGUCUCAAAGCUACUAUACCAAAUAUGCAAGUUGCAAGUAGUGAUGAUGAGCCAAAAAUAAUGCAACAAUUGACUAAUAUUUUUAAGAGAUAUACAGUAAUGAACAAAGAAAAUAUGGAUUUAUCCUUUAGAUCUA